GUUGUGGAGAUGCGUGUUCCGUCCCCAUGGUAACGGGGAGCGAUCCAAACGAGAUCAGAAGAGUUCAGCUAGCUCGCUGCUGUGGGCAGGAUUCAGGCUUGGCUGUCAUUGCUACGAAGUCUCCUGGCUUGGAUCCAGCUCUCCCCAGCACUGUACACAGUUGAUGUUCAGUGAAAGACAGACAGCCACCAUUCCUGCCUCCCCUGCUCUCACCCUCUUACUUUCUCAAGGAUGGUAAAGUAACAUUGUAACAUUACCUGCUACUGAAAGGACGCGUCUGCUCAGGCUUCCUCAUCAUGUCUGACAAGACUUCAUCAUCAGGAUCUUCAGGUUCUGGCUCUCCCGUGGCUUCCAAAUCCUCCACACAGACGGCAUCCUCGGCUCCCUCAGCUUCCUCGGCUCCCUCAGUUCCCUCGGCUCCCUCGGCUUCCUCGGAGGGACAGGAUAGUGAAGAGCUCGAAGAUGAGAGUUCAUUGGAGGAAUCUCUGUCUAGUCUGGAGGAUGAGUCUGAGGAGUAUAUGGAUGACGAAGAGUCUCUAGGGCCUGAGGAGCUUAUGGAGGAGGAAGAACCUCGGGAGGAGGAAGAAUCUCUCGAGGAGGAGUACUUGGAGGAGGAAUACCUGGAGGAGUAUGAGGAGUACAAGGAGUACGAGGAGGAGGACCUGCAGGAGGAGUAUCUGGAGGAGGAUGAUUAUCUGGAUGAGAAAACAUUUUUGCAGAGGGAAGCGUAUCUGUUUAAAGGAUCAUUUGUGAAGGAGAAAACUUAUUUGAAAGAAAAGGAAUUUCGGAAACAUCUGGCAAAGGAACUCAAGGCAGUUGGCAAAGCAGCAGGCAAGUCCAAACUUAAAGCAAGGACCAAAGUUUCCAGUACUGUUCAAGGAAUCAAUCUCAUGGCUUCCUCUCCUUCGAGCUCCGAAUAUGACCUGAAGUUCACAACAUCUUCUUACUACAGUUUGACAGGAGUCUCUAUAACCCUAAGAGACCAGAGCAGUCAGACAGAAUGGCCCUACAAGAGCAAUUUGGGAACGCCCUUAAAAUCAAAAACAACACUAGAUCAAGACGACGCCUCCGCGUUAACACAUAAGAAAUCUGACUUGGAAGCCUCGGAGAGCUUCCCUCAAGGGUCCUUUUGGGACACUAUACUAAAUGAGCCUUUUGACAAGCAGGAAGAUGAAGCCUAUGAGUCUCUUCCCAGCUCCUAUCAGUCUGUGUUUAGGGAGAUAAUCAUCGAGCUGGCGUCUCGCCACCAACUGGAAGAGGAGCUGGACAUGCCCUUGAGCAAGCUGAUGGAGGGCGAAAACAGGAAGAAGCUGGGCCUCCUGUUGAAGAAGAAUUUUGAAAAAUACAGAGAGACGAUUAUGUGGAUUAUUAAAAAGCGUGAAGCAAGUCAGAAGAUGGCAGAGAAGUGCACUACCAUUACCUACCUCAUAUCAACUCUGAUACAGCCCAAAGAGCCAGAGCCCAAAGAAGUCGUGAGAUGGGUUUCCACUUUCAGGAGGUUAAGACUAGACACCGAAUGGACCCGGGCCAAGAUGAAGGCACAUCAAGGUGAUGGAAAAUUAAUUGCCUACCACAGUGGGAGAAGUUUCCGUGUUCUCUUUCCUAAUUGCACGGGCCAGAUAUACUAUCCGUCAGGGAACCUGGCUCUGCUUAUCACCCGCCAAGGAGUCGCAAAGGUCACGUACAUUGUUCUAGAAGACUGUGUAAAUAAAAAGAUCCGGGGCCUUGUCAACAACUCUGGCCAUGCCACCUUCUACAAUGAGGAUGGAGGGCUCUGGUUGAGCCUGAGCAAACUCCUGGGCUACUACUUUCCCAACGGCAAGCGUCAGAAGGCCUGGAACUGGUGGAAUCUGAGCAUCCACGUGCACGCCCCCCCUAUCAUGCGCAUCACUUUGCAAGUCAACAAGUACGUCCAUAUCCAAAUAAGGAGCCAGGCGAAGGUCCUCUUCUGCUUCUUCCCCCCCAAGCAGAAGAAGAUUUGCUUAAACAUGGGCACCAAGUUCAAGUUUCUAAACCUGAAACUACUUCAAGUCAUGAAGAAGAAGGCAGUCCUGGAGACAGACCCCCGCCCAACGUCGUGGAAGAUCCAGGCUCUUCUGGGGAAAAUGAGACUCACACCCAUCCCAGUCCAGACUGGGGCCCUCUGGAAGACUGUCCCAGACAUCAAGCUGCUGCAGACAUCGCACCGGUCACACCCCACUCCCGGCCUUGGCACAUUUGGGGAACAGUGCAGAAUACUGUUGCUUAUGCCAGGCUGAGAAGGCAGUAGAAAACUCUCACUCCAGGACCCUACUGCUUCUGCACUGCCCUGAGGGCCGUCACUAACACUGACCCCAUCACAGACGGCCACUUGUCCACCCAGCUCCGUCACAGCAAAAGAAAACCUAGACAGAAACCCAAUACCAGUCUGCACUUAGUUCCCUAAACAAGAAGCUGAACUGAGGCCCACAGAACCCACAAAUUCACUCCUCAGAUAGCUAGGGCUCUUUGGGUCAUUAACUCGGUAGCUAGACCAAAGCAGGAAGUGUGUCGUCUCCUAGCUAAAAACACUUCACCAAAGAAGUAGUAGUGACCUCUAGAUCAGAGCCCUUCUGUCCUGGGGUACCCAGCCUGUCCUAAAGAGGCUGUCUGGACAUCUCAGUUCACAGGCUUCUGUCCCCUGAGCACUCUGGAAGACCCUAGUGGUCUCUGGCUCACCCUGCUUCAGAAGAGAGGGGCAGAGGCAACGUUGGGUAGAAAUCGCCUUACAAUGGCGUAUCCACCUGGAAAAAAAAAAAUGGCAUUGCUGGAUGCAGCCAGCGUGAAGGAAAUCUUCUUCAGCUUUGAGUGAGCUGCUCCAUCAUGCAAGAGUGGGGGUGGGACUACAGCUCCUUCCAUUAAAACAGUGGGUGACCCAGGGACAGCCUGUCGAUCCAGCUCACAAUCACGCAAACUGAAGGCAAAAGGCACUUAACAAAACACAAAAUGACCCUGUGGUUUUUUUUUUUAAUCCUGGCUGCUGGAUUCAGACGCCUUCGGUCCAAUCCAGUGUGGCAAGGGAGGGUGGAAUUCUAUAAACAAAGCUCCGUGAUACCAAGCCCGGGGUGGAGCAGUUUGUAGAAAAGUCGGAGUUGAGCUCGGUGCCCCCCCCACAAAGUGCCUUUUAUAUAGACAUGGAGUCCCCAUUCUUCCCAGGAUGACCUUAACCCCAGCCUCAACCAAGAAAACCGAGCACCUCUCAGCCCAGCCUGGCAACUAGCCAUUCUCCAGUGUGAGCAGUGACAUCUAAGUGCCACCUCUGUGUCCUACUGCCCUGAUGAUUUCCCACCCACCCACCGGGUGCCACCCACUUCCACCAGUGUCACCACCCCCGGACCGACCAUCCCCUGAGCAGCUGGAGUGGGAAGGUGGCGCUCAGAGGAGCCACACGGCACUUCUGUGGGACCGCCACACUGUAUUGGUGAGUGGCGCUCAGAGGAGCCACACGGGCACUUCUGUGGGACCGCCACACUGUAUUGGUGAGUGGCGCUCAGAGGAGCCACACGGGCACUUCUGUGGGACCGCCACACCGUAUUGGUGAGUGGCGUCACUGCAGAGACAGAGCACAGUCACAGGUAACGAGCUGUGACAAACAUGGCACUGUGUUGGCAUCCCCACACACCAUCACCAGCACUUCAGUGACUUCUCGGUACUACAUCCGUGCUCCGUGUAUGUAGACCCCUUUUUACUGCACUCUGGAUCUUAAACCCCUUGUCCCGCCCUUAACUGCAUCCAAGGCUCGGUCUCCAGCCUGAUGCACUAUUGGGAGGUAGAGCAACUUUUCAGAGGUGGGGCCCAGUGCAAGGAAGUUGGGUAACUGGGACACCUGUCCUCUAAAGAGAGAUUGGAACCCUGGCCCCUCCUCUCCUUACUUCCUUGAUGCACGAAACAAGCAGUUUUGCUACAUCGUUCAUUUCCCACCAUGACACUCAGCCCACCACAGGCCCAAAGAGACGGAACCAAGCAAGCGUGGGCUGAAGCCAUGACCCAAAACAAUCGCUCCUUUUGCCUCAGGACCCCACACACUUGUUAGGACGACCUAAGGGUCUUCCGACAUUGCCUCUGUCCCCUGACGAAGAUGCGGAGUAUGCGGCAGUAGAUCCCGGCAACCUGUUGUGUUGGAGAGGGGGUACUAUCUAGUUUGUUAUGGCCAAGUGUGUCCACUUUAGCUAACAUUUCAUGUAUUUGGGAAGACCAUAUAUACUGUAACUUCAGAGUAUCUAAUUUACUAAUGGGAAAAUUCAGGAAAAUCCUGACUUUGGAUUAUUAUGUAAGAUAGCUAGCCUCUUUAAAACAGAAAUCGAAG